AUGGAUGCCUAUCCCGACGGGAGCCUGGAUCACAAUGUUCCCCUCUUGGUCGUGUCCGGCCUGAAUAGCAGCGCUCCCCAACCGCCGCUGGGGGGCGAACUCAAGGACCAGGGCAUCUUGGUCCGCUCAGCACUCCCGCCGGUCGAGACGAGAGAGGCCGCCUUUGUCGAGCAGUACUUGGACAAGGUCAAUGAGAGGGGGAGGUCGUGGGUCGCGGUACGGACCGACGAGCCGUACAGGUUUCGUGUCAAGACGGUGGGCAGGUCAUUUCUCCUCCCGCCGCGAUUAUCUCCCCUCCCCGAAUCUUCCGACCAGAUUUCCUCCCCGCCAGUGCUGCAUUCGCCCUUCUCGCCGCUGAGCCAUGUCUCGUCCACGUACCCCGACGGCCUCAUCGAUGCGCAGUGGAUCAAGAAGCACCAGGAGUUUGUCCCCGGCAUCCUGCUGUGCUUCUACACCAUCUCGACCGACCCCACGACGACGACCCUCCAAGACAACCGCCUCAAGGCCGACAUCGCCAGCAUGAAGAACACCCUGACCAACUCGGGCUACAGGACGAGGCUGGCCGUGGCGCUGCUGACCGACGAGGACAGCACCCCGGCUACGCAGUCGAUGGGCCUGCAAGAUAGGCUCGAAAAUAUCCGGCGGGGCUCGGGCCUCGACCCCAAGUCUCUCUUCUACAUCCCGCCCCAGGAGAGCCCGGCGGAGCUGAAGGCAGUGGUUGAUGGCAUCCUGUCUGCCCUCGACAUGACUGCCCUGGAAUACUACCGCGAUCUGGGAAGGCAUGCCAGGAAGAAGCGUUCGCGCGGCAUAGCACCCCAGCCAACCGUCCCUCCCACCACGGGAACGUCGCGCACGCUGUCGCUUUCCGGCUGGAAUUUCCGGUACGACUUCAAGUCGGCCGUCCUGGGCGAGUUCCGCCAGGAAUACGAGCCCGCCCUCAAGUCGUAUGAGCAGGCAUACGAUGGGCUUCUCGGGGAGGAUGUCAUCGAGGCCGUCCCCAGCUGGAACCCGCGGUGGAACGAGGCGCGCAUCUUAGCCGACGUCAUCGCCAUCCGCUGCCUGCGCAUCUACAUGUGGCUGGAUCAGACUACCCUGGCUGUGAGGAAGUGGCAGUCCCAUCGCGACCGCAUUGCUGAUCUCGUGGAGCGCCUGGGUCGAGGCACCGACAAUUAUGGGUGGGAGGCCUUUGAGGCACGUUGGGCCCUGAUCAUGGCGCAGCUCAUGGACAGGAUUGAGCUGCGGCCCGGCAUCGAUCCGUCGUCAGAUGCGCCUUUCCUCCCCGCCGAGAAGGACGUCGUUGGGGACCGCCUACAUCCCUGGGAGCUGCUACAUCACAAGGGCUACUGGUACCGCAUAGCUGCGCGCCACCUCGACGCCCGGCGAAGACUGGCCCGCACAAUACCCGAUGAAGACCGUGUAGAGCCCCGAUCGGGCGCGGCCCAGAACGCAUCGGCGGGCUCAUCCUACAACUACGACACAUAUCUGUGCCCGAAGCCCUACGAGGAACUGCCUCUGGACGGCGCGGGCGUGAAUCAUUCCCAGCUCAUCCUCGACUGUCUCAUACCCGCCAGAUCGCAGUUCCAGGCGCGGAAGCAGCUGCGAACGGCGGCUGAGAUAUCUCUUGACUGCGCCAAGGAGAUGGAGCGCAUGAAGUCGUGGAAGGAGGUCCUGGCGGUACUCCGCCCACUCUGGGAGGAUGGAUCUUUUCGCUCAGAGGGCUGGGUGCAGAUUGCCGAGGACAUGUGCUGGCUGAUGAGGCGGGCAGCUGUCGAGGAAGGGCGCGGAGAGCUCGUAGUGGCCCUUGACUGGGAGCUUAUGAACAAGAAGUUCAGGCGGCGUCCACAAUGGCACUACGAUCUAUCCAAAUCGCUCGAUGGCAUCGAAAUGCCGAACAAACCCUCGAUCAGCCUUUCGGACACUGAAGUACCGUCCUUUGUCGACGCAGCCUUCUUGUUCCGUAACAAAGAGAGCAAGGCUGGCCAACGCUGCGCGUGCCAGUUGAUUCUCACCUCGCAAGCCUUCCCGGAUGCGACGCCCAUCACCUUGAAAGACGUGCAGGUCGAGUUUGAGGGCAGUCUCAGACCGAUCGUCCUCGAACAUGCAGCGUCACAAGCGGUGACCACCGAGGGACGCACAGCAAAAUCGACGACAGCACUCAAGGAAUGUUUCGAAGACGAGUCGGCAGAUGGCCUACCGUCGAUACUCCGAGGGAAGUGCGACUUGACUCUACAACCAUUGCAGACACGCGUGUUCGAGAUGUCGAUACCGCUGAGAGAAGCAGGCGAAGUCUCAACCUCGUCAGUCCGGUUAUCAUUCGGCUCUGAGAAGUUUGACAUGGACUACAAGAUGAAUCUCGAUUCGCACUCCGCCCCUGGAUGGUUCGCAAAUGCAUCUACCAAGCCCAAACAUCCCCGGUCGAAUGCACAUGUCCUCCAGGUGCAGCCGCGUCCUCCAAAGGUGGAUAUCAGAGUGGUGGAUCUGCUGAACCAGUAUUACGCAAACGAGGAGAUUGAGCUGCACAUCCAAAUCCACAAUGCCGAGGACGAGGCGGCAACGAUCAAGCUCGACACCCACCUGUUUGGCAAGACACUCCCCGGAUUCACCGCGGUAGCAGACAUUGAGGACGGGGAAAGGAAGGCAGGCCCAGGGCAGGAGGAGUCUAGAGCUGCAGGGCUUCCUCUGGGACGUGUGGAGAGCUCAUCGACCAUGGACGUGAGGCUCAAGAUCGAUCCGACAGACAUGCCCACUACGUACGACGUGCACCUCCGGGCGCUAUACCACCUCGAGUCGGACCCGGCCACGCCCAUAAUGCAGCUGCUGCCGGUGCAGAUCAAUGUGGCGAGCGCAUUUGAGGCCAACUACAGCCUCAUGCCCCGUCUGCAUCCUGACCCAUGGCCAAGCCUGUUUGACUACGAGAAUGUGCCGACAGAGACGGGCGACGAGGAGCAGAGGGCAGUGCAAGGCCUGGCACAGAACUGGAGUCUGGCGUGCCACUAUGCGUCGUUUGCCACCGAGGACGUCAAGGUGGUCGGGAUGCGGAUGAAGGUGCUGUCGGGGUCGAAAUACGCACGCUGCCACGUCACGGAUGGACCCGACUUCUCAUCUCAGGUGGUGUCACCAAAGGUGAUGCACGAGGCGCACUUCAACAUGACGGCGCAGAGGCUGAGCCUAGACGACCGCCACCCCGUAAUUGUAGAGCUCGGCGUCGAAAUCCAGUGGCAACGGCUGGGCGAUCCCGAACGACCGACCAACACGACCACGAUGGUGGCAGGGCAGUACCCCAUACUGGGCAGCGAACCACGCGUGCUGGCGUCUGUGUUUGACGAGACGACGACGACAACGUCCCACAACGACGAGGGUGGCUCCGACUCCGACGACGAUGACAGACAGCUGAUGCUGCACCUCGAAAUUACCAUCGAGAACCCCUCGAACCACUUCCUCACCUUCGGGCUCACCAUGGAACCGAGCGACGAGUUUGCCUUUUCCGGUGCGAAGCAGACGUCGCUGCACCUGCUGCCCAUGUCGCGACGGAGCACGACGUACAGGCUCCUGCCGCUCGUCAGGGGUACGUUUAUCAGGCCGGGGCUCGUCGUGAGGGAUAAGUACUUCCAGAAGGUUCUGAGGAUCAUACCCACCCAGGGCAUGAAGCUGGACAAGGAAGGAUUGCUGAUUUGGGUCCCACCGGAAGAUGAGGGCGAUGACGAAGAGGAACAGGAAGGGGAGAACUCUGGUCCGGCAGAAUGA